ACGUUCCAAGCAGAAAUGAACCACAUUCUACGACCACUUUUGGACGAGUGCGUGGUGGUGUACCUGGACGACAUACUCAUCUACUCGCGCAACAUGAAGCAGCACGUCGAACACCUGCGACGCGUCUUCGAAAUUCUUCGACGAGAACGAUUCUACGUCAAACUGUCCAAGAGCGAAUUCGCCCUUGAAAAGGUCCAGUUCCUAGGACACAUGGUGAGCGCUCAAGGAGUUCACGUCGACCCCAAGAAAAUCGAGGCCGUACGCACGUGGAAGACACCCGAGAACGUGAAGGAGUUGCAGCAGUUCCUAGGCUUCGCUAAUUACUACAACAGGUUCGUGCCACAGUAUGCGAAAAUCGCAGCACCACUCACGAAUCUUGGGAAGAAAAACACGCCCUACAAAUGGGAGCCGAAGCACCAGGAAGCCGUUGAGCAGCUGAGCCAAGCACUUACGUCUGCACCUGUACUCAUUUUGCCAGAUCCCGAACGCGACUACGCCAUCGAAGCUGACGCCAGUGACCAAGCAGUGGGAGCAGUCUUGAUGCAAGAUCAAGGGAAUGGACUGCAACCAAUCGCUUACCUAAGUAAGAAACUGCACGGGGCAGAACUAAACUACCCGAUACACGACAAGGAGGCCCUAGCUAUCAUCAUCGCCUUCAAAGCAUGGAGAUGGUAUCUCGAAGGACGAAAAACAACCGUCUACACCGACCACUGCAGCCUGAAAUACUUGAAGACACAACCCAACCUCUCCAGGCGGCAGGUCCAGUGGAUCGACUUCCUUGAGACACACUUCCACUACGACAUCGUGUACAAGCCCGGUCACAAGAAAAAAGUAGACGCCCUCAGCCGGCCUGCACACUGACAUCGCGUACCGGAAAGGAUCAACGAAAA